AUGUAUGCACGUAAAGACAUUCCGACUGUUUUGCCCGAUGCAGUUCUACGUUGCCGUAAAUUACAGGCAGCAGCUAAUGUUGAAUUAGACGCCAUGGAGAAGACGAAGUUUCGUCGGAUCAAUAAUCUCGAUUGGCAACAACAAACGUUUCAGCGAACAAUCACUGAACGACAUAAACGAUGGAGAGUGUAUGAUCGUGCAUUUCGUAUUAAAUUAAAACGAGAGCUAGGUGCUGAUUUAGCUGCAGCAUUAAGACUUCGAACACAAGAAGAAGAAGAAAAAAAACAUCUUUACGAACAAGAAUUUAUUGAAAAAGCAUGUGGAAAUCGAAAGCAAGAUGAACCAAAUAGUGACAGUGAAACUGAAUCAGACAGAAGUCCUUCUAUUUUAAUUGAACAUGUCGCUAAAUCAAACAGUGCUCAUCCAAAAUCUUUUCAACCAAAAGUGCCCAUUAUUACCGGAUCGAAAUCUGCUGUUGAUAAACGUCGUGGACAAAGUGCUGGAACGAAAGUUAGCCAUUCAGCAUCGAUAGCGAAUGAAAAACGAAAACCGUCUCCUCGACGACCACGAACAAGUCGUUUUGAUAAACAAACUCAAGAUGAUAAAGAUUCAGUUUUAGGACUAGAAAAUGACUUCGGCUCUGUUCUAUUUCGAAUAUUAUCGAAUAUUGCUGCUACACCUGAUUUAGAUGAUGAUUUUACAAUUAAAAAACGCGCAUUAGAAGCUCGUGAACGUCGACUUAUUCUUACACAAGAUGAUCGAUAUUUCAAUCUUGUUAAAGCACUAGCACCUCAGCGCUCAUCGAAAGAAAAAAAGAUUUUCGAUGCCGAUUAUGAUGCACAGAAAAUAUAUUAG